AAUUUUUUUUUUGUCUUUUGAUUUUGUUUUUUUUUAUGAUUAAUUUGUUUUCUAUUAAUUAAAUUGGUGAAUUGAUUGAUUUCCAUUUAUUUAGUGAUUUAUUUGCAACCAUUUGAGUGAAUAUUUUUGUUCGACUCUUUUUUUUUAAGAUCAUCAUGUCAGAAUCUUCGGGAGACAAUGUUUUACGUUUGCGAGGUUUACCUUGGCAGGCAACAAGAGAAGAUGUUGUCUCGUUCUUCUCAGAUUGUAAGAUAAGGAAAGGCGCUAAUGGAGUUUUCAUGACUCUCUCUGCUCAAGGGAGACCAUCAGGUGAAGCUUAUGUGGAAAUGGAAAGUGAAGAUGAUGUCACCAAAGGAUUGGAGAAACACAAGAAAAAUAUGGGCAAUCGAUACAUUGAGGUUUUCACCUCUAAUCGUAAAGAAAUGGACUGGGCUACAAGGCGAACCGGACCAAAUAAAACUGACAUGGAUCCAGCUUUAGAUGGAUUUGUUAGACUUCGUGGUUUACCUUUUGAUUGUAAUGAAGAUGAUGUUCGUCAAUUUUUUGAAGGGUUAUCCGUAGUUCGAGAUGGAAUUGUUUUGCCGAUUGACCAUCAGGGCAGAUCAUCUGGGGAGGCCUAUAUACAGUUCACUACACGGGAGAUUGCCGAUAAAGCUAUGGGUAAACACAAGGAAAAAAUUGGGCACAGAUACAUUGAAAUUUUCAAAAGCUCUGCACAUGAAUUUUUAGCCAUUCGUAAUCAACAGCAAGGAUACAUGGACCGAUCACACGGUGGAUCUAGAAUUGGUGGUGGGUAUGGUUCCUCUGAUACUAACUAUAGGUCUUUUGACUCUCCUUAUCCACCAUCAAAAAGGAAUUAUUACCCUCCGAGUAACCGCUCUACACCUUAUGAUCGAAAUUAUAAUAAACGUUAUCAAUCAGGAGGAGGAAACUGGGGAAGCGGUUCAUCAAGACCACCUCUCUCUCAACUGGGUUUCAGAAGACCAUAUUAUGCCCCUGCGAUAAUGGACGAUUCUGACAGAGAGAUAUACAGAGAAAAAAUCACCCGACAUGAUCCGGAUUUAGAUAGUUCAUAUUGGGACAAAUAUAAUAUGAUCCACAUGCGAGGAUUACCUUAUAAAGCAACGGAAGAAGAUAUAGAGAAGUUUUUCUCACCCUAUGUGCCAAUAUCCAUCGGAAUUUUAUUCGAUAAUCUUGGAAGACCUUCAGGAGAAGCUGAUGUUGAGUUUGCUACUCAUGAAGAAGCAAACAUGGCCAUGAGUAAAAAUAAAUCCAACAUGGAAUUAAGAUACAUUGAAUUGUUCCUCCGAUCUCGUUCUGAGUCAGAUCAAGGUGAUAUACCAGAUCAUCCAACUACAUCUACUCAACGGUAUUCAACUCACCAAGGCCAUCAUCAGCCAUCAUAUGGCUCUAAUAAUUAUUCUCGAGAAGGAGGAGGAAGAGGAGGAAGAGGAUAUAAUUCUGGGCCCAGAGGAAACCAUCAGAUGGGAAUGAGAAAUUUCCUAUCAGAGAGAACUAAAUAACUUUUUUUUGCCACCUAAGCAACAUCAUCCAUAUUAAAACAUGAUUAAUCUUCAAUUGAAUUAAUCAACAAACUGAUGAUAACAUAAACUCUUCUCCCAACUCUCUCUCUCUCUCCCUCUCCUGAGUGUUUAAAACCCUCGGAAAUGAUUAACAACUAAAAAAGUUAAUACACAAGUUUAACAAAAAAGCAAAUACCAUGGAAAAGAGAUGAAAAGAAAAGACUGAAAAUUGAGCAACAAUUAACUGAUUACUCUAAAUUAAGAAAUGCCAAGAAAAUGAUCAUUCCUCCUUCAUUUGGAGUUCGUUUCCUACAUAUCCCAAAUGGAUUUUGACAAAAACAAAUUAACAAUUUUGUUUCAAUUAAUUAGAUUAAUUGUCAAAAAAAAACUUCAUCUUUUAUGGCCAAAACAACUUAACAACUAAAUCUAAUUCUUUCUCCCUCUUUAAUCCACAAUUUACUUUCUCUCUCCCUUCUCAUCCAUUUGUACAAGAUCUCCCUCUUUCUAAAAAUAUUUAAAUUCUGAUUCUGAUCAGAUCUUGUCUUUUCAUCUUCUUUUGCAUGAGAAAUCAUUCAUUAGAAACUCACCUAAUGUUUUUUUGUAAUUGAGAUUGGAAUACAUAAUAACAAUGAUAACAUUAUUACCUAAA